AGUGAAACACAGAUGCCUGGGAACAAACCACUGGGUCGUGAAUAGACAGAGCUGAAGCGGAACAUGAGAUAAAUUUUAACCUUUGGUGUGGUGUGAUUCAGCCAAGAGAUGAGAUGCAAUAAUAAAAACAAACAGAAAUAUCAUUAAUAACAGUUUUUGUUUCAGGAAAAAGGCAACUGCUUUGUCCGGAUCCUCAGAUAUCAUCUUUCAUAACCAGAAUAAUGAAACCGAGUGUUUUCCUUCUGCUGCUCCUCUUAAGAACAAGUUCGACUUCCAGUUACCAAAAUGUGGCCUUGCGUGGUACAGCAGCCCAGUCAAUCUCUGAAAACAACAUCCUCUCAGCUGCCCACAAUGCAAUUGAUGGAAACCGUAACUCUGACUUCAGGGCAGGAUCGUGCACACUCACUAGUGCACAGAUGAGUCCCUGGUGGAGAGUGGACCUGCUUCAGUCCUACAUCAUCACUUCUGUCACCAUCACCAACAGAGGAGACUGCUGUCAUGAAAGGCUCAACGGGCUAAAGAUCCACAUUGGCAACUCUUUGGACAACGAAGGUUUAGGAAACCCAAAGGUUCGUGAAAUUUCUGAAGUUGGUGCUGGCAUAUCUUUCAAUGUGACUUUCACUGACCGAGCAGAGGGGCGCUAUGUUAUAUUGACUCUGCCUGGUUCAAGAAAGAUUCUCACACUCUGUGAGGUGGAAGUCUAUGGAUACCUUUCUCCAACUGGAGACAAUCUUGCACUUCAAGGAAAAGCCACACAGUCAUCGUUGUAUGGAUUUGGAUUUGCAUACAAUGCCAUCGAUGGAAAUCGUAACAGCAAGUGGGAAGAGGGCUCCUGCACUCACACAAACAACAACAUCAGCCCCUGGUGGCGACUUAAUUUGCGCAAAACCCAUAAAGUGUUUUCUGUUAAAAUUGUCAACAUUGACUCCAACCCCGAACGACUCAAAGGAGCUGAGAUUCGCAUUGGAAAUUCCCUUGACAACAAUGGCAACAACAACCCCAGGUGUGCAGUGAUCACAAACAUCGCAGGAGGUGCUGUUGCUAAUUUCACAUGCAAUGGAAUGGACGGCCGCUAUGUGAACAUUGUCAUCCCUGACCGAGAAGAGUUCCUGAGUCUGUGUGAAGUUGAAGUGUAUGGAUCUAAAGUUACAUUUCAGAUCUUCUUAGCCUGCACUUACCCACUCGAUCUCUGCGCUCCUCCAGUCAGAAUUAUGAGCUUCAGCAGAGCAUCUCUUUUGCUCCUCUUUGUGCAGAUGUCCUCAGUCUUCACUUACCAAAAUGUGGCUUUACGUGGAAAAGCCACGCAGUCACGUCUAAUCGACCCGGGAGAAUGGGAUGGAUUUGGAGCAGCGAGUAAUGCUAUCGAUGGAAACCGUGAAUCUCACUUUAAGUAUGGAUCAUGCAGUCACACUGCAACAGAGGCAAACCCCUGGUGGAGAGUAGACUUGCUGGAGUCCUAUAUAAUCACCUCCAUGAUCAUCACCAAUCGAAGAGACUGUUGCGAAAGAAGGAUCAAUGGAGCAGAGAUUCAUAUUGGCAACAUGUUACAAGACAAUGGUGCUGCAAACUCACGGGUUGCUGUAAUUCCUUCAAUUCCUGCAGGGAGCUCACGCACCAUAACUUUCAGUAAUCGUGUGGAGGGACGUUAUGUCACUGUGCGUAUACCAGGUUCAGACAAAAUUCUUACACUCUGUGAAGUGGAGAUUUAUGGGUAUCGUGCCCCAACUGGAGAGAACCUUGCACUCCAAGGAAAAGCCACGCAGUCAUCAGUGCAGACCUUAGGGCUUGCAUAUAAUGCCAUAGAUGGAAAUCGUAACAGCAACCCAGAAAAAGGAUCCUGCGCUCAGACAAACUAUGACGUCAGCCCCUGGUGGAGACUUGACCUGCGCAAAACACACAAAGUGUUUUCUGUUAAGAUAGUCAACUCUGAUUCUGACCCAGAACGACUCAACGGGGCUGAGAUUCACAUCGGAGAUUCUCUUGACAACAAUGGCAACAGUAAUCCCAGGUGUGCUGUGAUCACAAGUAUCCCUGCAGGCGGCAUUCAAGAGUUCCAAUGCAACGGGAUGGAUGGCCGCUACGUUAACGUCGUCAUCCCAAGAAGAGAGGAAUAUCUGAGUCUGUGCGAAGUGGAGGUUUAUGGUUCUGUCCUGGAUUAGGUGGAACAAAUAUUUCACUUACAGAAUUAUAACAAAUUAAAAGAAAUCCAUCACCCUAUAACAACUGGGAUAGGCUACCAUAGGCAGGGAACAGCAAGUCACUUUAUCAGAAUAGAAUCAGAAGACUAAUAAAGAGAGACUUGUAUUCCAAUCUGAGCAUCACACACUGACUUUGUGUAAACAACAGCUAAAGAACAGUUACUCACGAGACAUUCAGCCUCACCAUUACAAUCAAACAGGUGCGCAAUGAAGAAAAUGGACUGUGAGCAGGUCAGUGGGCGAGUUUCUCCCAAUGCUGUCACCACAUAUUUGAUGUGACUCUUGAAUGUCUACAAAGGCAGUGCAGAGUGCAAAGAAAGCAUGACAAAUACAGCCAACAGAAAAUAAAUGGAAAAUACUCCAGAUUCAAAUAAAUCAAUAAACAGUCUUUUAAAAAAUUCAAA